UGUUAAAUAUAUAAAAAAGUGUUUUUAAUUUAUAAGGGGGGGGUCACACUCAGAGGCUUGCUAUGUGAAAAGGGGUCACCAGUACAAAAGUUUGAGAACCACUGGUUUAAAUAUAACCCAUGAGUUGGUUGAACGCUAUGGGUCUCUCUUUCUAGCAACUCAAAGUCAUUAAAAUAAUAUAUUUACAAAAUAAACAAGGGUCUAAUCAAAAACUGAAAUGUUUCAAGGGUUCACAAACCUCCACAAUACUUUAGAACAAGCGUUUGCGCUAAAGAAAAUCAAACAUGUAAAAGCUCUGGGUAUUUGUAGGGUGCUUACUAUGGUUGUGAUAUACCCAACAACCCCCAAAUUUUAAGCAUGAAAGAAAGAUGCUUAAAAAACAAACAAGCCCCAGACAUUCAUUGAUAUCUGCAAGGGGCCCCACACUUGGGAAUGGGUACAGUAAUGUUAAGGAUUGUUGUGUAUGGUGAUUUAAUGUUUAAUACUGUAAGAAGGCCCCAAAGAAAAAUGUAUUUUAACUACAAGAAAAAAAAUUAGCCAAAAGCAGCCCAGUUGUGCAGACAACUUAAUUCCUCCUGCCCAGAUCACAAAAGGGAAUGUUAGGGGAGGAGGGCCUAAAGUCCUUAAGUAUCUAUUAAUUCAGAGUUGUGAUGAUCGAAUCUACCUGCUAACUACAGACUUUUGAAAUCUGUUUGAAACAAAGAGUUAGGCUGGUGUAAAAAUCUCAGUUUUUUUGGAGACAGUUUCUGUUGAAAGAGGACAAUCUUGAACUGAAUUUCUGCUGGACUGCAAGAGGAGGCGUUGAAUGACAUGAUACAGUGUGGCCAGCGUGUUGGGAAGACAAUGGUGUUGGAACAGGAAUGUCUCCAUGCUGAAUCUGAUGGCUGAAGAAGCCCCCAAGGACCCCUCAAAGCCCAUCGGUGCCUGUGAGGAGACGAAACCUCCCCAACGGAAGAGUUGGCAAAAGAGCCCACAGCAGAAGCAGGAGCUGUGUGUGCCUCAGCCCUUCCGUGCCGAUUCACCAUCCCCUUGUAACGCCUCCUGCUUUAUGAGGCCAGACUCAGAGGAGAAAGAGGCCCUGGAUUACAUCAACGCCUUUCUCACGAGCAAUGAACAGGACGAGGCCAAGAAACUCAAGUUCUUGGAUUCCAUCAGCACCCUCAGCAGCCUGCCUGCUUUUAUGGACAAAGGCCUGCUAGUGGAGAAGAUAAAGGAGCUGAUUGAUCACGAGUCCGUCGACUCCCUGACCGGCGUGAUGCGUCAGCAAGCAAUGCUCGCCAUCAUGAAGCUGAGCAAAAUGAAGCUACCGUGGCUGGUCCUGACACGACCCAGCCUGCUCGCCACCUGCUUCUCCAGCAUCUUCUCCCUGCCUCCAGCACACACCAUGGAGGAGGUGGAGGCUGCUCUCUGCACCAAAACUCUGAAAACCAUGGAUGAGAUGCUGAAGGCCUUGGUGUGCAAGGAUCAGGAGCCCAACCUUCUGGCGCUGCAAAUCAUCUUGAAGGUCCUGCUCCCCUGGACUACAUCCAAGGAGGUGCAUGAGCGGCUGAGGGCAGUGGGAAGGAUCACCUGGCUUAUGGAAUUCAUGGGGUCUCAGUGCAAAUUCCAGGAAGUGGAGGAGUUCAGCGUCCUGGGCCAGCUGGUGGGGUGUCUCACUCUGUGCUGUGCGGAGCUGGAGCAGGAGAUCUGGCAAUUGGCUGUGGAGGGCCUUCACCACGUCUACUCCUUCAUGCUGCAGCUAAAAUGUAAGAGCACUGGAGACCCUUGUCCUUCCUAAAUACACUGACAUGGGGUUUCCAACAUGAAAAACAUAUUUAUUGAACACUUCCACCUUUUCUGCAACCUUUUAA